AUAGCCAGCAGAUGACAUGCCCAUUCCAACCACUGAUCUCCGAGCCUGUUCUCUUUCUUUUCCUGUCCCCAAGCUCCAAGCAAUCCCUCGCACAGGUCUCAAGGUCCGUCGUCACGUCGUUGCGAGUCUGACACCUGCUCCGGCCACUUCCACCUCCUGUGAGUUAAGACCGGCGAGUCAACGCCCUCCCAUGCUCCAGUUUUUUACUUCUUCCACUUCCACUUUCUUUGAGACGCCGUGAUUGAUUGUCCCUCAUAUCCUUCGCUUUGGCAUCCCUUCCUCAUCCUCGUGCCUGCUCUCGCCGUCCGCCCUCGCCAUGCCUCUUCUCUCGUCCAAGCCGCUCUACGUGCAAAAGGCCGACGAGUACUACCAACCGCCUCCCAAGGGCCAGCCGUAUUCUGUCACCGUCCUUGGCUCUGAGAAGCCCGGUCGCAGCCCCGUCUACCGCCAUCACAAGAGUCGCGAUGGAGUUCUCGAGACCCUCGAUCCCUCCGUCACCACGGCCCAUGAAAUGUUUGAAUACGCUGCGCAGAGAUUUCCUCACGCCCCGUGUCUAGGCUACCGUCCCUACGACUCGUCCAAGCAGGCAUACGGCCCUUACGAAUGGCUAGAUUAUGAGACGGUCCGCAAGAGGAGGUCGGAUUUUGGCGCUGGACUGGUCGAACUGCACGCAAGAGAAGGGAUCCAGGGGGCGAACUAUGGCGUCGGGCUGUGGUGUCAGAACAGACCUGAAUGGCAACUGACGGACCUGGCCUGCAUGUCCCAGUCGCUGUAUUCGGUGUCUCUCUACGAUACCCUCGGUCCCGACGCGUCCGAAUACAUCAUUCAGCACGCCGAACUGGCCUCCGUCGUUUGCUCCCUGCCACACGUCCCAACGCUCCUCAAGUUGAAGCCGCGCCUCCCUAACCUCAAAUUCCUUGUCGUCCUCGACCCUCUUGAACCAGGAAACAAUGAAAAGCCGGAAUUGUCGAAACAGCAGCUCCUCGACUCCAUGGCGGCCGACGUUGGACUCAAAAUCUACUCCCUCGAUGCAGUGGAAAAGCUUGGAGCAUCUCUAGGGAAGCCAAACAACCCGCCCAAACCUUCGGACCCUAUCACCAUCAACUAUACCUCUGGGACUACCGGAGCACCGAAAGGUGUCCUCCUCACCCACGCGAUGUGUGUAGCAGCCACUUCCUCGUCCCUCAUCUCCAUUUCAGUCAAGGAAAACAGCGUGGCGUUGAGUUAUCUGCCCCUUGCCCACAUUUACGGCCGCUUGCUCGAACACACUGCGUUCUGGAGUGGUAGUCGGAUCGGCUACUUCCACGGCAACAUCCUCGAACUCGUGGACGACAUCAAACUCCUCCGUCCUACCAACUUCGCCUCGGUGCCUAGACUGCUCAAUCGAUUUGGGGGAGCGAUCAAGGCCAACACGGUCGAGCAGCCCGGCUUCAAGGGCGCACUGAGCCGCUACAUUGUCCGGACGAAACUGGCGAACUCGAAUCCCGCGCCCAAAUCCCCAGGAUCCACUUCGCCAAGCCCGACCUACCACCACGUGAUCUACGACCGCAUCUGGGGGCGCAAAGUCGCUGCCGCCCUUGGUCUGGACCGUGCAACCACCGUUGUCUCUGGUUCGGCGCCACUGGAUCCCUCCUUGCAACAAUUCCUCCGCAUCGCUCUGUCGUCAAGGGUCUAUCAGGGAUAUGGGCUGACAGAGACGUAUGCGAUCGCUCUAACACAGCCAGCCGAUGACUUCACAGUCGGCAACUGUGGCGGUGUCGUCCCCUGUGUGGAAGCGUGUCUGAUCUCGGUGCCCGACAUGGAGUACAGUGUUGAAGAUAAACCGUAUCCACGUGGCGAGCUCUUGCUGCGAGGUGCAUCCGUCUUCACGGGAUACUACAAGAACCCGGAAGAAACAGCCAAAGCCUUUACGGAGGACGGCUGGUUCAGGACCGGCGAUAUUGCUAGCGUGGACGAGCUGGGCAGGUUCCGAAUCAUCGACCGCCGUAAGAACGUCCUGAAACUCGCACAGGGCGAGUACAUUUCGCCGGAGCGCAUUGAAGGCGUGUACUUGUCGUCCUGCACGUACUUGGCGCAAGCAUUCGUGCACGGCGACUCGUCACAGACCUCCCUCGUUGCGAUCUUCGGCAUCCAACCGGACGUGUUUGCCGUGUUCGCGUCCAAGAUCCUGUCCCGCGACAUCUCGCCCACCGACAUCCCCGCGCUGCUGCGGGCAUGCGACGACCCCAAGGUCAAAGAGGCCGUGCUCCGAGACCUGGACAAGUGCGGCCGCAAGAAGAAAUUCGCGGGCUACGAGCGCGUCAAGAGCUUCAAGCUCAUGCUCGAGCCCUUUACCAUUGAGAACGAGCUGUUGACCCCGACCUUGAAGUUGAAGAGGCCCGUCGCCGUCAAGCGGUUCCGCGCCCUGCUGGAUGACCUGUACAAGGAGGACGCCGAGAGGCCGCGCAAGGCCAAGUUGUAAGAUUAUUACGGACGCGCCAUCCGCGAGCUAUGUACUUCCUGUAUGUAGGUACCGUGGGUAUCGUUAUGUAGGCCGGUAGGCUGGUCGGUCGGUAGGGUGGUAGGCUAGUGCAUCCACCAAGUCGACCGGACAAUACUGUACCUCUGGUCUUCUGAUCCAUGAGCGGAAUACCUCCUCCAUACAUAAAGACCUAUCUGAAAUACCGUGCUCAGUACGUGAGAGGGGAUUCAUCAUCCCAUCAAUGGUGAUUACACAGAGUACAGAAUACAAAACACGGAUCAAAAGGUAGAGCACAGCGGCACCUGCGCUCCAGUAUAUUCCACGGUCCUCAGGGCGACGGGCGACUCGUCUCAUGCUUGUUCUUCUCCCUCGUCAUGAAUCAUUUCCUUUUCACAUUCACGUAUAUAUCAUAACAUAUCAUAUCUACCUAUAUUCG